AUGCCAGCCAAGCUGCAACAGUCCUUCCAGCGCGAGCUUACUAACGCGAAUCGGGGGCAUAUCGCACCAUUAGUCCCCGGCGUCAUCAAGGACGCCGCCGGCAAGACCGUUUGGGUCAUUAACAGCUACAAAUUCCUAGGCUCCGACACGGCAUGCCCGCCCACGGUCAACGAGAAGCUAUGGCGGCAGGGCCAGCUGACCGUCAAACAAGGGCUGUUCGAGGUCGUUCCUGGCAUUUGCCAGCUCCGGUCCCUGGACAUCUCCAACAUGACCAUUGAGGAGGGGGAGAAUGGUAUCAUUGUGAUAGACCCAUUGGUCUCUUGCGAGCCUGCUACAGCGGGGCUUGAGCUGUACAGGAGUUAUCGCGAUCCAGAGCGAAAGAGAAAGGUGAUGGGGCUGGUAUACACUCACUCUCACACCGAUCACUUCGGCGGUGCAGGCGGUAUCCUGGAGAGCACCAGAGAGAAACACAACACGGCUGAUCGCUCAGUCUAUAUGUACGGCAUGGCUCUGGAGAAAGGGGCGGACGGCCACGUUGGUAACGGGCUCGGCAUAGCGAGCAGCAUGAGGACACGCUCGCUCAUCAUCAUCAACGGCGUACGGAUGGUCUUCCACGUGGUAUCCGGAACAGAAGCCCCGGCCGAGGUGAACGUGCAUUUCCCCAACCUCAGGGCCCUCCUCAUCGCGGAGACGGCGACAGUUUCGAUGCAUAACAUCACCACUCUCCGCGGAGCCCAGGUCCGCGAUGCCAAGGCGUGGUCAAAUUCGCUGGACGAAGCUAUCACUGUGAGGCUGAUGAACCUGGGCCUGACCGGCACGGAGAUCGCCGAGCAGCUGAGGCUGCCGUCGAGCCUGGAGAACUCGUGGCACUGCCAGGGGAUUCGAUACGUCGAGUGCAUUGGUGGGCUUUCUUCGCUCUGCGAUAAAGCCGAGGGAUACAUAGCGAAGCAGGAUUUCCGUUUUGCGGCAACUCUGCUGAGCCAUGCAGUAUCUGCAUUUCCAGACCACCAGAGAUCGAGGUCACUCCUCGCAGGAGCCUACCAGAAUCUCGCUUACAUCUCGGAAAAUGGCCCUUGGCGCAACUUCUAUUUGACGGAGGCCCAAGGCUUGCGGACAAGUACGAGGCCUGGGGAGAGCGAGCUUGGCCGAAGCCCCCUAGGCGAGACCUUGACCGUGGGGCAGUGGUUUGAGAUUCUGUCAGUCCAGGUAGACGGCCAAAAGGCAGGUGACUCUCAUUUCGUGAUCGAAAUUGUGGUUACAGACACCAAGGAGGCCUGGAGGCUGACUAUCAGCAAUGGCGUUCUUAAUUAUCGUCAGCAGAGCUCAGGCAGCGUGGUUGGUGAGGAGCUGGAACUGAGCAUAAUCAUGUCUAAGAUGGGGCUACUGGAUGUUCUGCGGGGUAGUGACAUCGAUGAAGUACCAGGCGCAGAGCAUAGUGGUGACCUGGACCUCCUGGACAAGUUUCUUGACAUCAUCUCAGACCAGUCAGCAGAUGUGACCGUCCCGGAUGAGGCAUCCCUUGUCAUUGAGCUCAGAUGGUAG